AGUAAAUAAUUAUUAUGACAAUAAUUGUUUUAUUUGUUUAAUUUUUUAUAAAAUUGUGUUUUUAUUAAGGCACAUAUAAAUAUAGCUUUUAAAUCAAAUUUCCAUGGGGAUUUAAUGUCAUUUGAUGGUACAUUAGGAGUUUUUGCACAUACACUUACUCCUAGUAGAGGCAAUGUUCAUUUUGAUGAUUCUGAAACAUGGACAACGGGGACUAAAAGAGGUACUAAUUUAUAUCAAGUGGCUCUUCAUGAGUUUGGCCAUAUGUUAGGAUUAGAUCAUUCGAAAAUUAAAUUUUCUGUUAUGAGACCAAUUUAUCCGGGGUACAAUCCAAAUUAUAAAUUAAAAAAUGACGACAUAGAAGGAAUUCAAGAGUUGUAUGGUGAAAAUACUUCUAUGGAUAGACAAAAAAAAGUUAUUGCUAAAAGACAUACAAAUCAAGAAUAUAAUAAAUUUAAUAAAUAUCAUAAAGAUAUAUGCAAAAAUCCUAAAAUUGACACCAUACUUAUUUCUCGUGGUGGAGAAACUUAUAUAUUUAAAAGUAAAAAACUUCUUACUAAAUUUUUUAUUUUCUCUANUAAACUUCAUACUAAAUUUUUUAUUUUCUCUAUCGUCACUUAA